UUGCAGCAGUUCCGCUGAAUGUCCGCUUCUGAUUCCGAGAAGGGAUUAGUGAGAAACACCCCGGGACGACAUCGACUUCACAGUUUGUCGGUCACCGGGUUUCAACGUUUGCUCCAAGCAGAGGAUAGCCUUACUCUUUACAACACUUUGGAGAUUUAGGGAUGAACUGAGGAUGAAUGUAAACCAGCGCACUCCAAUGGCCACUCCGUACGGCCAGCCCCAGCCUGGCUACGGCCAGCCCGGCUACGCCCCCCUGGAUGGGGGAUACCCCGCACCCUACGCUGGCUACAACGGCCCUGCUUCAGCCUUCCAACCCGGGGCCCCACCACAAGGUUAUUCCCCUUUCACAAGUUUUCCCUCUAAGGCUGUGGCUGCCAACCCAGCCUCUGACCUCUCCUCUCCUCUUGACUUAGGUCCUGCCAGGGGUCCCCCCACCUCUGGAGCCCCUCCAGUAUCAUCGCCUCAACAAUAUAAUCAGUACAGUCACAGUCAAGGGGACAUGCAGAAUGGCCCCCUACCUAUGACACAGGCACCACCCAGGCCGGCUGCGUCCCAGCCAUACAAUCAGGGAGCUGUGAACCUGUCAGGGCCACAACCUGCCUAUUCCCAACACUACGGGCCCCAACCCACAAUGCAACAGGUCACUAACCACAUGACUGGGAUGCAGAUCACUUCUGGACCGCCGACCCCUGCAGGGCCAGGAUAUGCUCCGCCUCAGAGCUCGCAGCCUCCUGUCAGUGUCCCCUACUCCGCCCCCCCUCCCCCCUCCUACACUCAGGCGCCCCCCUCUGCGUCCGCUGCCCCGACCCAGCCUCCCCAUCCCAGCGGCCCCGAAGCUCCUCAGCAAUACUACGGAGGACCACCACCUCCUUCUCAACAGCCAUUCAGCUCUCCUCUUCCCCCCACCUCCCAGCAGCAGUUUACAGCUCCUCCCCCUCCUCCUUCCUCUCAGCAAACCUUUCCUCCCUCCUCCUACUCGGCCCAGCCCCCCUUCUCCUCAGCACCUCCACCUGCCAGCCAUCCUGCCUUCAACUCGGGCCCGCCUCCCCCCUCUCAGGGCCCCCCUCCUCCCAGAGUUCAGAUGCCCCCUACUUCCAUGGCCCAGAGCAACCACCUGCCUCCAGGACCCCAGGGUCCCCCAGGUCCCCCAGGGGCCAUGCAGCAGCCCCCGCCUCAGCCUGGCAUGCAGGGAGGAUACCCCCCCCAGCAGAACGGUGCGUUUGGGCAGGUGAGGGGCCCUCAGCCUGGCUAUGCGGGCCCUUAUCCCGGUCAACCAAACUACGGAGCUCCUGCACCAGCGCCCGCUCCUGCUCCCGCUGCACAGAAACGACUCGACCCCGAUGCCAUUCCUAGCCCGAUCCAGGUAAUAGAGGACGACAGGGCUAAAAGCACGGAGCCGUUCACCACAGGGGUCAGAGGUCAGGCCCCUCCGCUGGUCACCACCACCUUCCAGGUCAAAGACCAAGGGAAUGCCAGUCCCAGGUUUGUUCGCUGUACGGCCUACAACAUGCCCUGCACGGCCGAUAUGGCCAAGCAGUCUCAGGUGCCUCUGGCCGCCGUCAUCAAGCCCCUCGCCACGCUGCCCCCAGAUGAGACCCCUCCAUACCUGGUGGACCACGGCGAGGGGGGUCCGAUCCGCUGCAACCGCUGCAAGGCCUACAUGUGUCCGUACAUGCAGUUUAUAGAGGGGGGGCGGCGCUUCCAGUGUGGCUUUUGCAGCUGCCUCACAGAGGUGCCUCCACAUUACUUCCAGCAUCUGGACCACACUGGUAAGAGGGUGGACUGCUACGACCGGCCGGAGCUCUCGCUGGGAAGCUACGAGUUCAUGGCCACUGUCGACUACUGUAAGAACAACAAGAUCCCUCAGCCUCCAGCCUUCAUCUUCCUCAUCGAUGUGUCCUACAACGCUGUGAAGUGCGGCAUGGUCAACAUCGUGUGCCAGGAACUAAAGACCCUCCUCGACUACCUGCCCAGGGAGAACCCAGAAAUGGACUCCGUGGUGCGGGUGGGUUUCGUCACCUACAACAAGGUUUUGCACUUCUACAACGUAAAGUCCAGCCUGGCCCAGCCGCAGAUGUUGGUGGUGUCGGAUGUGUCGGACAUGUUUGUGCCUCUGCUCGACGGCUUCCUGGUCAACGUCAACGAGAGCCGGCAAGUUAUCGAGAGUUUGCUGGACCAGAUCCCAGAGAUGUUUGCGGACACCAGGGAGACGGAGACAGUGUUUGGACCCGUCAUCCAGGCGGGACUGGAGGCACUCAAGGCUGCAGACUGUUCAGGGAAGCUGUUUGUGUUCCACACCUCUCUACCCAUCGCAGAGGCUCCGGGAAAACUGAAGAACAGAGAAGACAAGAAGCUAGUUGGGACCGAUAAGGAGAAGUCUCUGUUCCAGACUCAGGCGGGUUUCUACAACACCCUGGCUAAGGAGUGUGUAGCGCAGGGCUGUUGUGUGGAUCUCUUCCUCUUCCCCAACCAGUAUGUGGACGUUGCCACGUUAGGAGUGGUUCCUGUCUCCACUGGAGGCUCCAUCUACAAAUACACAUACUUCCAAGCUCAGUCGGACAGAGAGCGAUUCCUGAACGAUCUGAGGCGAGACGUUCAGAAACUAGUGGGCUUUGAUGCCGUCAUGAGGGUGCGAACCAGCACAGGUAUCCGGGCGACAGAUUUCUUCGGCUCCUUCUUCAUGAGCAACACCACAGACGUGGAGCUAGCAGGCCUGGACUGCGACAAGGCCAUCACUGUGGAGUUCAAACACGACGACAAGCUCAGCGAGGAGACGGGGGCCCUCAUGCAGUGCGCCGUGCUGUACACCAGCUGCAGCGGGCAGAGGCGUCUCCGCGUCCACAACAUGGCGGUCAACUGCUGCUCUCAGCUGGCCGACCUCUACCGCAACUGUGAGACGGACACAAUCAUCAACUUCUUCUCCAAAUACGCUUUCCGAGGCCUCCUAACCAACCACACUAAGGCGGUGAGAGAAACUUUGAUCAACCAGUGUGCUCAGAUCCUGGCCUGCUACCGAAAGAACUGUGCGAGCCCCUCAUCAGCUGGUCAGCUGAUCCUGCCUGAGUGCAUGAAGCUGCUGCCGGUGUAUCUGAACUGCGUGCUGAAGAGUGACGUGUUGCAGCCGGGGGCCGACAUCUCAUUGGACGACAGGGCCUACCUGAGGCAGCUGAUCAGCUGCAUGGACGUCUCCGAGAGCCACGUCUUCUUCUACCCCCGCCUGCUGCCACUGGCGAAGUUGGAAACCGGGUCGUUGCCGAUGGCGGUGAGGGACUCCGAGGAGAGGCUGUCUAAAGGCGGAGUGUACCUCCUGGAGACGGGGCUCCACCUCUUCCUGUGGGUGGGGGCCAGCGUCCAGCAGGAGCUGCUGCUCAACAUCUUCGGCACGCCCAACUUCAGCCAGAUAGAGCCGAGCCUGACAAGUCUUCCAGAGCUGGACAACCCCUUCUCUCAGAGACUCAGAGAGAUCAUCGAAUCCUUCAGAGCAGAGCGAUCACGAUACAUGAAGCUCAUGGUGGUGAAACAGGAAGACAAAGCUGAGCUGAUAUUCAGGCACUUCCUGGUGGAGGACAAGAGUGUCUGCGGGGGAGCGUCAUACGUGGACUUCCUGUGUCACAUGCACAAGGAGAUCCGCCAGCUUCUCAGCUAGACCUACACGUUCCCACCUUCACCUGUAUGACCCCCCCCCUCCCUCGGUUUACCCUUCCUUGUGAAAGAAAGCGCUUUAUCUUUUUUUUUUUUUUUUAACAAAUUAA